AUGACGCAGUCUUCGCCCCUCAUCGUCUCGUCCUACUCGAUCCACGACGUCCGCUUCCCCACGUCGCUCACCGGAGACGGCACCGACGCCCAGAACACCACCUGCGACUACUCGGCCGCCUACCUCAUCCUCUACACCUCGCCCAAGGACACGGCACAGAUCGUCAGCUACCGCGGCCGCGAGGCAGAGGCCAUCAAUGCAGACGUAAAGGAGGGCGGCCUCCGCGGCUUCGGCAUGACCUUUACCAUUGGCCGCGGAAAUGAGAUCUGCUGUCAGGCCAUCGCUUCCAUCGUCGAGGACCUCCUUCUCGGGCGUGAAAUCGAGCCCCUCUUUGCCGACAUGGGCGCCACCUGGCAGCUCAUGGUCUCCGACUGCCAGCUUCGAUGGAUCGGCCCCGAGAAGGGCGUCAUCCACCUUGCCACCGCCGCCGUCAUCAACGCCAUCUGGGACCUCUUUGCGCGCUCUCAGUCCAAGCCGCUCUGGAAGCUCAUUGCCGACAUGUCGCCCGAGGAGCUGGUCAAGUGCAUCCCAUUCAAGUACAUCACCGAUGCCAUUACGCCCGCCGAGGCCCUCGAGAUCCUCCAGGCGGCGCAGAAGGGCAAGCAGGAGCGCAUCGACGAGAUGGUGCGCGACGGCUACCCGGCCUACACGACCAGCGCUGGCUGGAGCGGCUACGACGACGCCAAGGUGGCGCGCCUCACGCGCUCCGCCCUGGCCCAGGGCUUCAACCACUUCAAGCUCAAGGUGGGCGCCAACGUCGACGACGACAUCCGCCGCCUGUCGCUGCUUCGCUCGAUUGUCGACGACCCCAAGGAGAUGCCCGAGGGGCGCAAGCAGCCGUCCGAGGCGAGCAUCGCGGGCAAGAAUGCCGGCCCGACGGGCUGCGUCGUCAUGGUCGACGCCAACCAGGUCUGGGACGUUUCGCAGGCCAUCGAGUACAUGAAGAAGCUCGCCCACCUCAAGCCGUGGUUCAUCGAGGAGCCCACGGCGCCCGACGACGUCCUCGGCCACGCCGCCAUCCGCCGCGGCCUCAAGGACUCGGGCGUCGGCGUCGCCACGGGCGAGCACGCCCACAACCGCAUGGUCUUCAAGCAGCUCCUCCAGGCCGACGCCAUCGACGUCGUCCAGAUCGACAGCUGCCGCCUCGGCGGCGUCAACGAGGUCCUCGCCGUCCUCCUCAUGGCCAAGAAGUUUGGCAAGAUUGUCUGCCCGCACGCCGGUGGUGUCGGCCUGUGCGAGUAUGUCGUCCACCUGAGCUUGAUCGACUACAUCUGCGUCAGCGGCAGCCACGAGCGCAACGUGCUCGAGUGGGUCGACCACCUCCACGAGCACUUCAUCUACCCCGUCAGCAUCAACCCGUCGGGCAACUACAACACGCCCACUGACCCGCAGGGCGGCUACAGCAUCGAGAUGCUCAAGAGCUCCAUCGAGGACUACUCCUUCCCGUCGGGCUCCUACUGGAAGGAAGGCGUCGCCAGAACCGACCCUCCCUCGGCGCACUAG